AUGAACGAGCUCCACUCCCGCUACAGCCACAAAGGACUCGUCAUUUUGGGUGUCCCCUGCAACCAGUUUGGACACCAGGAGAACUGCAAGAAUGAUGAAAUAUUGCGCUCUUUGAAGUAUGUCCGUCCUGGAAAUUGGUUUGAGCCAAAGUUCCAACUUCUCGAGAAGGUGGAUGUUAAUGGCAAAGAUGCCCACCCAUUGUUUGUCUAUUUGAAAGAAAAACUUCCUUUUCCGUCCGAUGACUCCAUGGCUCUUAUGAAUGACCCAAAGUCCAUCAUCUGGAGCCCCGUCAAAAGAAAUGAUGUGUCCUGGAAUUUUGAAAAGUUUCUUGUUGGUCCUGAUGGCGAACCCUACAAGCGCUACAGCCGUAACUUUCUCACCAUUAACAUUGAGGCAGACAUUCAAGAGCUGCUGAAAAGCUUCCAGUAG